AUGAGUGGUGUAGCUACACAAGUGUUUGCCCUAUCUCGCCUCACGCUCUCAUUAUUCGAAGAUUCAGGAUGGUACAAAGUUAAUUACGAUAAAGCCGAAGACAUGACCUGGGGACGUAAUCUUGGCUGCACUUUUGCUCAAAAAAGCUGCCUAACGUGGAUGAAGAAGAACCCGAGGAACCCGUAUCCCUUCUGCAGGAUCUACGAACAUCAGAGAUGCAGCUCCACUCGCAAAGCUAAACUUCGCUGUUCUUUGGUGGCCGAAAAUAAAACCCUUCCUGAUCAAUACAACUACAAUGUUAGGGGCUUGUAUCAGGACCAGAAGGGUAAAGAAAUUCUUGGUCAUGGAUCUAUUGAACUGGCAGAUUUCUGUCCUUAUUACAGGGUUUAUACCGAUUCUUCAAAAGAGGACAGUGAUACAAGGUGUACCUAUCCGGAUAACAUGCAUUAUAAUAAUUACUCAUUAGAGGUGAGCUGCAGCAAUUCGCGCAAAAAAAUUGAACUCUCCUCUCUAACUCGUGUUUUUUCCGGAUGUUUAAUAAAAGGGGCAUUGAACUGA